UUUACCAAUUAAAAUUAAGUAUCUAGAAAUUCACACACGGAGGGAAUAUGAGGCGGUUACCACCGUGGAUGCUCGGUGGCGCUUCCACCGGUGAAGCAACUGAUCCACGCAACGUAUCAGAACCAGAAGAAGCUCCCAAACCAAAGGCUGAGAAAAGACCGAGAAGAAACGUAAAACCCAAAGAGAAAGACUUUAAACUCAACGCAGAUGAACCUAAACGAGCUCGUAGGAAGAUGGGAGAUGAAGCUAAGCGUAGCAAUAAUGAUGGUCCGGAGAUGGUUCAACCAGUCAUGACUGAUCCAGAAAACGAAGAUCUCACAGUUGAUGACUUGUUAAGCUUUGCUCAUGAGUAUGUUCAAAGUGAUGAAGUGGUCCACACAAGCAAAGAGGAGGAUCAAGGGCUUUCAUCAAUGUCUGAAUCAAACAUUACAACGUCAUCUCAAGGAGGAACCAAAGAUUCAACAGCACAGGACAUGUUAGAACUGCUAAUGGGUCCUUUUUUCAAGAAACACUAAGGAAUAUAAUAAUCUGAAUUUGGGUUUGUAAGUGCUUCAACGUAUAUAUAUGAUCAAGCUUCAUA